CUGAGACUCUCUUUUGUUAGUCAUUUCCUGUAUGAGAUCAAGAAUAGAUUUUACAAUGAAACUUUGAUACUCUCAUAUGCUAUGAAAUAGUUCUCUGUUUGCAAGAAUCCCUGACAACCUAACCUGCUUGGCUAACACUUAGAAAAGCUGUUUGUGAAAGAACCUCAGACAGAUCCUCUGCUGGAUGCUGCAUGAGCUCAGCAAGGCAAUCUUCUGUUCUCUGUGCCCAUUUUACAAGUGAUAAUUCCAAAAAUCAUCAUGUGAAGAUCCUGUUAUGGGGAUGGUGGCUGUUUAGCACAAGGCAAUGCGAUUCUGAAGCAAAUCUGCUCCACCGAAGCUCCUCAGGAUGUGAGAGCUGUGUGAGGGGGAGAAGACGGUGCAAUGCAGGUUUUGAAAUGAGCACAACAUUCCCUGCUACAGGAAGAGCUAGCCCUGCCUGCUGGAGCCAAUACGAUGGGAUGGCAUAUAACAGGACUUGGCACGAGGGGCUGCUGCUGAACACUGGCUCAUAUAAGGAUGAUGACUACAACUGGGCUGACUGCGAAGUCACUCAUUUGAAUGAAGUCCCUGCCACGCUGCUCAUCUGCCUGUGUGGGCUGGUGGGGAACGGGACUGUCCUCUGGCUCCUUGGCUCCCAUGUCCACAGGAACCCGUUCACUGUCUACAUCCUAAACCUGGCUGCUGCCAACUUCGCCUUCCUCCUCUUCAUGGCUGUUGCCCUUGUGAUAUUUUAUGGCCCAGAGAGCUUUUGUCACAGACUGGGCUCCCGGGAUGUAACAACUCUAUUGAACAUCACAAUCCUCUUUGCUUUCACCACCAGUGUCUACCUCCUGACAGCCUUCAGUGCCACAAAGUCUUUUUCCAUUCUUCUCCCAGCCCACUGGUACUGCCACCACUCCCAGCACUUGCCAGCCUUUGUGUGUGCCCUGCUCUGGGCCCUCUCCUUCCUGCUUAUUGUAACACUGUAUUUCUCCCCUAUAGUGCUCAUAGUCUUUGUCCUGAGCUACGUUUUAUCUGUGCUUCUCUUGAUUCUUUCUGGUCUAAUCCUAUUUGCCCAGGUCUGUUGUUGUUCAUGGCAAUAUUCUCCAGAUAAACUCCAUAUUAUCAUUCUGCUGCUUGUCUUCUUCUUCCCCUUCUUCACUGCUGACUUUGGUUAUUGGAUUUUGCUGAGACUGUUUGAUUUUUCUGUUUUUGUCUUUGACACCUCCCUCUCUUUUGCCUGUGUGAACAGCAGUAUCAACCCCGUUAUUUACUUCCUGGCUGGGAGCUGUACAAAGAGGAAGUUCACAGGCUCUGAUAGAGUUGCUUUCCAGAGGGCUUUUGAAGAGGUAGCAGGGCCCCAAAACAGAGGUGAAUCUCCUAGAGAAAACACAGUGCAGACAACUGUUUAAAUCUCUACAGCAUCACCCUGAGAGGAGAUACUCUAGGGACGGAGGUGUCCUGUGAGACAGGGCAAGACAAGGAAGAUGACUUUGGUACAGGUCUGGAUGCAACUAUAUGGAGUUAGCUGCAACACAACAAAACUUGCUGAGCGGCAUGGAGACUCCUGCCUUGAGGAACACUGGAGAGGGUGGUGAAAUAGCCACUGAAACCUUUGCUACCCAGCAAGUCUGAGUUUUCCCUGUUUCAAAAGUGACCUUGCUCUAGCCUGUGCUCUGUUAAAACUGAGCCACAGAGGCUCAUAGCUCCUUCUGGUGUGUUUUGGUGAGUUUGCUUAACUGGUGGAUAAGAGAUUUUGGCACAACAGUGCAGAAUAAUUCCUAGGCAAAGUUUUGUGUGUGCAUCUCCAGGGUGUGCAGACAUGUGCGAAGAAUAUGUGCAGACCUCACAUCCAGCUUUGUUAACAGGCAAGCAGGCAUGUGUUUGCAAUUGUCCCUGGAAGGCUUCCCCCAAAGUGCAUUGCUUCUGGUAACAACACUGUAAAUUGAAUUUCAUCCGCCCGUUACAUGUGCUGUCUGUAUGAAAGAUUUUUGACUGGAACUGCCUGCCUCUUGUGGUCCCUCCCACUUUUCUCUGGGCUGUCUGGAUGGUGAGCCUGAGCAAAUGCUAUUUCGCAACUGUGACCUGAGGUCUGUAUCCAGUUCUGGUGUGUCUGUUCCUCAUCCAAAAAAAACCCCAAGAGGAGUAUGGUUAAAAGAAAACAACCCCAAAAGCUGAGCUCUGCCAAAAACUCUAUAAAGACUGGAUUUUCAAAGUGAAAGAGGGUAUGGGGAGAAGGAAGGAAAAUAAUGGACUUUUUACAGAUAAGACCUAUCUGAUGCCAUGAGCAAUGAAUCUCUGUAGCCUGACACAGGCACUCACCAGGUAAAAAUGGGGAAAUGUGUUUUCUGUGCUCCUCAGUUCUUAGUUGUGUUCCUCCCCGUUUGAUUCAAUAGCCCUAGCUAUUACGGUGCUGGGUGGUAUGCUGGCUCUGAUUUGCCCAUGAGCUAACCAUUGCUUUUGAGCUGAAUUUAUUUCUUAGUGUGAUGUCCCACAGGGCUGCACUAACAUGAAUAUGAACGCAAGGGAAAGGUUGGGAAAAUGCAGCUGGCAAGGAGGGAUAGAAGCAGAAAAUCUGUCAGCUGGGCAGACUGAAGUCAGGUUGAAAUGAUUAACUAGUGACCCGAGAAACUAGUGACACUGUGGCCUUUGGGACCUCAGGUGGUGAUGGAAAUUUAUCAGCCCUUUAGCUUUUCCCCCAGCCCAGCCCAGAGCAGCAUGUCACCACAAAGGCUAAAAUGAACAAGCUUCCUAUGAGAUUCACGGGGGCUACAGGUGCAGGUUGAAGUGUGGACUCUCUCACAUCUGAUCCACACCUGGAACAUCUUGCAUUGCCACCUACUUCUGUUACUGUUCCUUCAUCUCUUGACUGCUGCUAUGGACAGGAUUUGAUGAGACUUCUUUCCUGGAGUCCUAAGUUACAACAGGUUGUAACUCAGAAAAUGUUCAUAUGUAGGGGAAAAAAACUCUCUUAGCCAUGGGACAUGCCUGUUUUGUUUUGAAAAACAACUCUCUUAAUAAAUGC